UCUUGGAAAUACCUACUUUAUCCCCAGCAGGGGUGGAAAGAGCACUGGAAACUUGUACUCAGGAAAAGACCAAUGAAGACAGCCAGAUGGUGGUCGGCGGCAAUUUUACUGUUGGGGCUUGCUGUGCUCGGCGCCGACGGGAGACCCAACAAGGAGGGAUUUGGGUCGCCGCCUUAUCGACCAGUCGUGAGAUUCCGACACAAGGAUGGGAUCCCUGAGAGCUUGAGGAUAAAGGGUUUUACUGGACACAAUGGCUAUCCUGGUCCAUGUGAACACAAGUACUGCGGCUUAGGGCGUCACUGUGUGGUCAACCAUGAGACCGACAAAGGGGAGUGUAAGUGCUUGGAUCACUGUAAACCGCACUACAAACCCGUGUGCGGUUCGGAUGGGAAGCUGUACCAGAACCAUUGUGAGCUCCACCGGGCCUCCUGCCUCCAAGGACACAGGAUAACCAUCACGCACAGCGAGGAGUGCUUCUACAAAGAUGAUAACUGCAGACUGAGCGACUACCGCCGGCUGAAAACCAAGAUUCUGGAUAUGCACGACAAACGCUACAUGGGGUCUCACGUCCAGGGGGCCCACAAGGACAACAUGGCUGCCAGGAAACAACUGGUUGAUAUGAUGUUUAAACGCUUUGACGCAGACAAUAAUGGUCAAAUAGCUGCCAGCGAACUGUCACAGGUCAUCAAGCAAGAAGGUCUGUCCAAGGAUUUCUCUGAGUGUACAUUGUUUGACCUGCUGAAGUACAGCGACGUUAAUGAUGACGAGCACCUGACAAAAGAGGAGUUUUACACAGCUUUUGAUGUGUACCUGCUGACCCUUCCAGAUGACCUGAAAGUGAGCGUCACCACAGUAACAGUUGGCCAGAGCACCGUGCUGACUUGUGCCAUCACAGGGGAACGGAGGCCUCCUAUAUUGUGGAAGAGGAACCAUCAAUAUCUGAACUCCUUGAACCUGGAAGACAUCAAUGACUUUGGGGAUGAUGGCUCAUUGUACAUCACCAAGGUGACAACGACCCACAUGGGCAACUAUACCUGUCAUGCCGAUGGCUAUGAGAAACUCUUUCAGACCCAUACUCUUCAAGUGAACGUUCCUCCCGUCAUUCGAGUUUACCCAGAGAGCCAAGCCAGGGAGCCAGGCGUCACCGCCAGCCUGCGCUGCCAUGCUGAGGGUAUCCCCAGCCCCCAGCUGGCCUGGCUGAAGAACGGCAUGGACAUCACAACCAAACUGUCCAAACAGCUCACCCUGCAAGCCAAUGGAAGUGAGGUGCACAUCAGCAACGUGCACUUUGAGGACACUGGUGCGUAUACCUGCAUCGCAAAAAAUGAGGCUGGCGUGGAUGAGGACAUCUCUUCGCUAUUUGUGGAGGACUCUGCACGCAAAACCUUGGCAAACAUUUUGUGGCGAGAAGAAGGUCUUGGCAUUGGCAACAUGUUCUAUGUGUUCUAUGAAGAUGGUAUUAAAGUCAUUCAACCUGUGGCAUGUGAGAUACAACGACACGUUAAGCCCAGUGAGAAGCUGCUGGCUCUUCAGGAGGAGGUGUGCCCCACCUCACCAGGAGAGGCUGUCCAGAGGUGUGUGUGGUCAUCAGCGGUCAACAUCAAGGACAAGUUUAUUUAUGUGACACAGCCAACCUUGGAUCGAGUGCUCAUAGUUGACAUCCAGUCCCAGAAAGCUGUCCAGACGGUCAGCACUGACCCUUAUCCUGUGAAGCUCCACUAUGAUAAAUCUCACGACCAGGUGUGGCUGCUCAGCUGGGGAGACAUGGAGAAGAACUUCCCUACUCUGCAGGUGAUCAAUCAGGCCAGUGUACGAGUCUCCCACCACACUGUUCACACACAGCCGGUCGGCAGGCGCUUCGACAGAGUGGACGACUUCUUCAUUCCCGCCUCCAGCCUCAUCAUUAAUCACAUCAGAUUCGGCCUCAUCCUUCAUCGAAAUGAGCCUGUCCUCCACAAGAUCGACCUGGAGACGACGUCGUACGUGAAAAACAUCAGUUUACGGGACUAUAACUGCAUCCCCAAGUCUGUAGCCUACACCUAUCUUGGCGGCUACUACUUUGUCAACUGCAGACCUGACUCCACUGGUGCCACACAGCCCCAACUCAUCUUGGACAGUGUGACGGAUAGUGUGAUUGGACAAAACCGCGACGUCACCGGCACUCCCUACGUGUCUCCAGAUGGUCAUUACUUGGUCACUGUCGAUGAUGGUGAUGGCUUGAUGAGGAUCCAGACAAUCUCAGAGCGGGGAGAGAUUCAGGCACCCUUCGACAUCCACACCAACCUUCAUCUCUCAGAUCUGGCCUUCCAGCGCUCCUUCACGGAGGUCCACCAGUACAACGUGUUCGGCAGCUCCGGCCGUCAAACUGACGCUCUGUUUGUAGAGCUGAGCACUGGCAAAGUUAAGAUGAUCAAGAGCUUGAAAGAGGCCACCAAGUCGUUUGAGUGGCCGUGGAGCAGUAGGAACAGGGUAAUGGCAGGCAGCGGAAUGUUUGGACAGUACCUCAUGACCCCGUCUAGAGAGUCCCUCUUUAUCCUCGACGGAUGGCUCAACAAGCUGAAUUGUGAGAUCACUGACGUCCUCAGAGGCAAUGUGGUGGUGUGGGUUGGGGAGUCUUAG